GCUGCAGGGAAGACACCGCGUGGGACAGGGAGGCAUUUUUGGGGUGAAACCCCUGAAAUCCAGGGCUCUGCAUGGCUGUGGGGCGUUCCCAGGCCCCGGCGGUGGCAAGAUGGCUUUCGCCAGCCUCCUGGAGCAUGUGGGGGGCAUGGGGCGCUUCCAGGUGCUCUCGGUGCUGCUCCUGUCCCUGCCCGUGCUGAUGAUGGCCAGCCACAACCUCCUGCAGAACUUCACGGCCGCCACCAGCGACCACUGGUGCCGCCCGCGCCCGGAGGCCAACGGCAGCGGCCUGGACCCCGAGGCCCUGCUGAGGGUCUGGGUCCCCCGCGGGGAGCGCUGCCGGCGCUUUGUGGCACCCCAGUGGUGGCUUUUGGAGGCCAACGCUUCGGAGCCCAACAGCUCCUGGCCGGAGACGGAGCCGUGCGGCGAUGGUUGGACCUACGACCGCAGCGUCUUCACCAGCACCAUCAUCACUGAGUGGGACCUGGUGUGCAGCUCCCGGGGGCUCAAGCAGCUGGCGCAGUCGCUCUACAUGGCCGGAGUCCUGGUGGGCGGCCUCUUCGGGGGGCUCUCGGACAGGUUCGGCCGCCGCUCGGUGCUCACCUGGUGCUACCUGCAGAUGGCCGCCAUGGGCACCUGCUCGUCCUUCGCGCCCACCUUCAGCGUGUACUGCCUGUUCCGCUUCCUGACGGGCAUGGCCUUCUCGGGCAUCGUCCUCAACAGCGUCUCCCUCUCAAUCGAGUGGAUGCCAACGCACAUGCGGGCGCUGGUGGGCACCUUCAUGGGCUACUGCUACACCACCGGGCAGUUCCUGCUGGCCGGCGUCGCCUUCGCCGUCCCCGACUGGCGCCAGCUGCAGCUCGUGGUGUCCCUGCCCUUCUUUGGCUUCUUCCUCUACUCCUGGUGGCUGACAGAGUCAGCGCGGUGGCUCGUCAUGGUGGGGAGGUCCCACCAGGCCCUGCGGGAGCUCCAGAAGGUGGCCAGGAUCAACGGGAAGAAGGAGGAAGGGGACAAGCUCGACAUAGAAACCCUGAGGUCCCACAUGGAGAAGGAGAUGACGUCAUCGAAGACCCGCCACACCGUGGUUGACCUGGUCCGGACGCCGGUCCUGCGCCGCAUCUCCUUCUGCCUCUGCUUCGUGUGGUUCUCCACCAGCUUCGCCUACUACGGGCUGGCCAUGGACCUGCAGAACUUUGAGUUCGACAUCUACGUGAUCCAGCUGAUCUUCGGCGCCGUGGACAUCCCGGCCAAGCUGGUGUCCAUCCUCACCAUCACCUACGUGGGGCGCCGCUUCACCCAGGCCGUCGCCCUCAUCCUGGCCGGCUUGGCCAUCCUGGCCAACGUCUUGGUGCCACGAGACCUCCGGACACUCCGGACAGCCCUGGCCGUCUUUGGGAAAGGUUGUUUGGCCGCGUCCUUCAACUGCGUCUUCCUCUACACGGGCGAGCUCUACCCCACGGUGAUCCGGCAGACGGGCAUGGGCUUGGCCAACACCAUGUCGCGGCUGGGCAGCAUCAUGGCGCCGCUGGUGAAGAUGGCGGGCGAGCUCUUCCCGGCGCUGCCCUUCCUCAUCUACGGCGCCGCGCCCGUGGUGUCGGGGCUGGUGGCCGUCUUCCUGCCCGAGACACGGAACAUAGCCCUGCCUGAGACCGUGGAGGAGGUGGAGGGAAGGACACAAUCCCAGAAGGAUGAAUCCCGAGAUCUCCAGGUCCCGCUCCAGCCCACCCAAUCCAGCAACUCCACAGGGCCCCCUGACCUGGGCCCUGUCCAGCUCCGUCCCCCUCCGGCCAUGUCCUUCGUGGAGCUGCUGUCCCGCCUGGGUGGCAUGGGCCGCUUCCAGGUGACCUACGUGGCCGCGCUGGCCGUCCCGCUGCUCAUGCUGGCCAGCCACAACCUCCUGCAGAACUUCACCGCCGGCAUCCCCGAGCACCACUGCCGGCCCCGGCCCGUGGCCAACGCCACCGCGGCCGACGUCCCCCUGCUCGUGUCCAUCCCCUGGGACGGCCACCGCCGGCCCCAGAGCUGCCGCCGCUACGUGGAGCCCCAGUGGCACCUCUUGGACGUCAACGGCUCGGCCAACGGCACGGCCGCCGAGGCGGCCACCGAGCCGUGCCACGACGGCUGGACGUACCUGGAUGGCAUCUUCACCGACACCAUCGUCACCGAGUGGGACCUGGUGUGUGACUCCAAGAAGCUGAGGCAGGUGGCCCAGUCCAUCUACAUGGCCGGGAUCCUGCUGGGCUCCAGCCUCUUCGGGAUCCUCUCCGACAAGUUCGGGCGCCGGGCGCUGCUCACCUGGUGUUACCUGCAGCUGGGGGCGACGGGGGUGGGCACGGCCGCCGCCCCCUCGCUCCUGGUCUACUGCGUGUGCCGCUUCCUGACCGGGCUGGCCAUGGCCGGCGUGUCCCUCAACUCCGCCUCCCUCUGCAUGGAGUGGAUCCCGACGGAGGCGCGGGCCGUGGUGGGGACCAUCAAUGGCUACUGCUACACCCUGGGCCAGUUCGUGCUGGCGGCCGCGGCCUUCGGGCUCCCGCGCUGGCGGCAGCUCCAGCUCGCCGUGUCCCUGCCCUUCUUCGUCUUCUUCUUCUACUCCUGGCUGUACGUGGAGUCCGCGCGCUGGCAGGUGACCUCGGGCAGACCCGACCUGGCCCUGCGGGGGCUCCGCAAGGUCGCGCGGGUCAACGGCAGGAAGGAGGAGGGGGACAAGCUCAGCGAGGAGGCGCUGCGGGCUCUGGUGCGCCGGGAGCCGCCGCUGCCCGGCGGGGCCGUGGCCGCGCUCGUCCGGACCCCCGGCAUGAGGACGGUGUCGUGCGGGGUCUCCUUCGUCUGGUUCUCCACCAGCUUCGCCUACUACGGGCUGGCCAUGGACCUGCAGGGCUUCGGCUUCAACGUGUACCUGAGCCAGCUGGUGUUCGGCGCCGUGGACAUCCCGGCCAAGCUGCUCUCCGUGCUGGUCAUCUCCUGCCUCGGCCGGCGCCUGGCCCAGGGCGGCGCCCUGGCGCUCGCCGGCCUCUGCAUCCUGGCCAACAUCUUCGUGCCCAGCGAGCUGCAGACGCUGCGCAUGGCCUUCGCCGUGGUCGGGAAGGGCGCCUUGGCCGCCUCCUUCAACUGCGCCUACAUCUUCUCCGGGGAGCUCUUCCCCACCGUCAUCAGGCAGACGGGGAUGGGCCUGGGGGGCACCAUGGCCCGCGUGGGGAGCAUGGUGGCCCCCCUGGUGCGCAUGAUGGCCGACGUGACGCCGGUGCUGCCCCUCGUCAUCUACGGCGCCGCGCCCAUCGUCUCGGCCAUCGCCACCUGCUUCCUGCCCGAGACCCGCAACGCGCCCCUGCCCGAGACCGUCAAGGACGUGGAGAGGCGGGCGGGUCACCUCGAGGACGACGUCGCCGUUGUCCCCCUGAGCAGCACCAAGAGCAAGGACGGCGCCUGAGGGGGGAUUUGGGACCCCCGGGGGGAUUUUGGGGCCGGGACCCCCCUGGAGCUGCCCCAGCCCCUCCCCCCCGGGUUAUUUAUUCAAUCCCAAUAAAAUCUGGUGGGAAUUUCAGGA